CUUCAUCUCCGGGAGGACUGUGACCACCAGCCGGCAAGUCACCCGCACUGAAGCAGCAGGACUCUCUUCCCAGAACCGUAUAAGGAGAACAGAGGAAUCAUGUCCAUGAUCGCAGCUUUCUACAGCAACAAAUCUAUCCUCAUCACAGGGGCCACAGGCUUCCUGGGCAAGGUGCUCAUGGAGAAGUUAUUCCGGACCAGCCCCCAUUUGAAAGUCAUUUACAUCCUCGUGAGACCCAAGUCUGGACAGACACUGCAGGAGAGGGUUUUCCAGAUCCUCAACAGUAAGCUGUUUGAGAGAGUCAAAGAAGUCUGUCCAAAUGUGCAUGAGAAGAUUAGACCCAUCUCUGCAGACCUCAACCAUCGUGACUUCGCCAUCAGCAAGGAAGACAUGCAAGAACUUCUGUCCUGCACCAAUAUUGUCUUCCACUGUGCAGCCACAGUACGCUUUGAUGCACAUCUGAGAGAAGCUGUGCAGUUGAACGUCACCGCCACCCAGCAGCUCCUGCUAAUGGCCAGCCAGAUGCCAAAGCUGGAAGCCUUCAUCCACAUCUCCACUGCCUUUUCUAACUGCAACCUGAGCCACAUCGAUGAAGUCAUCUACCCAUGCCCUGUGGAGCCAAGAAAGAUCAUUGACUCCAUGGAGUGGUUAGAUGACUCUAUCAUUGAAGAGAUCACUCCCAAGCUGAUUGGGGACCGGCCCAACACCUACACCUACACCAAAGCCUUGGGAGAGGUGGUAGUCCAGCAAGAAAGUGGAAACCUAAAUGUGGCCAUUGUCAGGCCCUCCAUAGUGGGAGCGACCUGGCAGGAGCCCUUCCCGGGUUGGGUUGAUAAUUUAAAUGGACCCAGCGGACUCAUUAUUGCGACUGGGAAAGGAUUUCUUCGGUCCAUAAAAGCGACUCCCAUGGCAGUGGCAGAUGUGAUUCCAGUUGACACGGUUGUUAAUCUCACCAUAGCAGUAGGAUGGUAUACUGCAGUUCAUAGGCCUAAAUCAACAUUAAUCUACCAUUCCACAUCUGGUAAUCUCAAUCCCUGUAACUGGUAUGAAAUGGGAUUACAGGUCUUGGCGACCAUCGAAAAAAUCCCAUUUGAGAGUGCUUUCAGAAGGCCAAAUGCUGACUUUACCACCAACAACUUCUCCAACCAGUAUUGGAACGCCGUCAGCCACCGGGCCCCAGCCAUCAUCUAUGACUUCUAUCUGAGGCUUACUGGAAGGAAACCCAGGAUGCUGAAGCUCAUGAACCGGCUGCUAAAAACCAUUUCCAUGCUGGAGUAUUUCAUCAACCACAGUUGGGAAUGGAGCACAAACAACACGGAGAUGCUUCUGUCAGAGCUCAGUCCUGAAGACCAGAGGGUAUUCAACUUUGACGUGCGUCAGUUGAACUGGCUUGAAUACUUUGAGAAUUAUGUUUUGGGGGUUAAGAAGUAUCUACUGAAAGAGGAUCUGGCUGGUAUUCCCAAAGCAAAGCAACACCUAAAAAGGCUCCGGAACAUUCACUACCUCUUUAACACUGCCCUGUUUCUUAUCAUCUGGCGCCUCCUCAUUGCAAGGUCUCAGAUGGCUCGGAACAUCUGGUUCUUCAUUGUGAGCUUCUGUUAUAAGUUCAUCUCCUACUUCCGGGCCUCCAGCACACUCAAGGUCUAAGAACAUUACACCAGCCCAUCAUCUGGAACCUCAGAUACCUCUAAGGCAGUAAACUGGGUCUUAAGCUAGAAAGUAACAAGAAGCACACCCAAGCUUCCAGUCAAA